AUGAAUCAGAGUGAAAGAUUCGUUUUCAUCACAGAGUGGUACGAUCCAAACGCUUCACUUUAUCGCCGGUAUGAGCUUUUGUAUUACCCAGGGGACGGAUCUGUUGAAAUGCACGACGUGAAGAACCGUCGCACCUUUCUGAAACGGACCAGGUAUGAUGACCUCCACCUGGAAGACCUGUUCAUCGGCAACAAAGUGAACGUCUUCUCCCGGCAGCUGGUGCUGAUCGACUACGGGGACCAGUACACAGCUCGCCAGCUGGGCAGCAGGAAGGAAAAAACGUUAGCCCUGAUUAAGCCAAAUGCCAUUUCCAAAGCUGGAGAAAUAAUUGAAAUAAUAAACAAAGCUGGGUUUACUAUCACCAAACUCAAAAUGAUGAUGCUCUCAAGGAAAGAAGCAGCGGAUUUUCAUAUAGAUCAUCAGGCAAAGCCCUUUUAUAAUGAGCUGAUCCAGUUCAUCACCAGUGGUCCUGUGAUCGCCAUGGAGAUCUUAAGAGACGAUGCCAUUUGUGAAUGGAAGAGGCUUCUUGGACCCGCCAACUCCGUGGUGGCGCGCGCGGACGCGCCCUGCAGCAUCCGGGCCCUCUUUGGAACCGAUUGCAUCAGAAACGCUGCUCACGGCCCUGACUCCUUCGCCUGUGCGGCCCGAGAAAUGGAAUUAUUUUUUCCUUCAAGUGGAGUCUGUGGACCAGCAAACACUGCUAAAUUUACCAAUUGUACCUGUUGCAUUAUUAAGCCCCAUGCCAUCAGCGAAGGACUGCUGGGAAAGAUUCUAAUGGCCAUCCGAGACGCAGGCUUUGAGGUUUCAGCUAUGCAGAUGUUCAACAUGGAUCGGGCUAACGUUGAAGAGUUUUACGAAGUUUAUAAAGGAGUGGUGUCUGAGUAUAAUGAGAUAGUGACAGAAAUGUAUUCUGGCCCUUGCGUGGCAUUGGAGAUCCUGCAGACGAACCCUGCGAAGACCUUCCGAGAGCUCUGCGGGCCUAUGGAUCCGGAAAUCGCCCGGCAUCUGCGUCCCUGCACCCUCCGAGCGGUCUUUGGCAAAUCCAAGAUUCAGAACGCCGUGCACUGCACCGACCUGCCAGAGGAUGGGCUGCUGGAGGUCCAGUAUUUCUUCAAGAUCCUGGACAACUAG